AUGCCGGCCCCCGAUCGACGUUUGAUUACCAAAAUCUUGAUUCUCCGGAGACUUCGAAGAAAAUUGAAGCGAAAAGUGCGAGCUGCUUCAAUCCGGCCUAUGUUCUGGAAUCGAGUGGACCAGGGAGACAGCAUUUUAAUGAAAGAAUUGCGUGAAGACCCUCAUUAUCAUCACCGUUACUUCCGGAUGAAUAUGGAAAACUUUGAUGAGAUUUUGAUGCUGAUUACUGGGGAAAUUACAGGAAAAAUGACCCAUAGCCGACCUAUUUCUGUCGAAGAGAAACUUGGGAUAACUUUAAGACCUCUAUCUACUAGAUUUCUUGCCACCGGAGCUUCCCAAAUCUCUCUCUCCUUCAGUUAUCGAAUAUCACCAUCAGCAGUUUCGAAGAUUCUACGAGAAGUUUUGCAAGCAAUAGUGAAAAUAUUCGGCCACAUUCAUCUACCACCACCGACAACUGAUCAAUGGAUAACCAAUGAGAUUGGCUUCCGAACUCGGUGGAAUUUUCCAAAUUGCGUUGGUGCUGUAGACGGGAAACACUGCAGAAUUCAAGCACCAAAUUUUUCGGGGUCCACUUACCACAAUUAUAAAGGCUUCUUCUCCAUUGUUCUCAUGGCUGUUGUCGACCAUAAAUACAAAUUUUCUGCUGUGGAUAUUGGAGCCUCGGGUUCGCAGUCAGAUGGAGGCGUAUUUGGACGAUCGGAAAUAGGAAAGAGGCAUGAAAAUGGAAAAUUGGGGCUACCAGAGCCAAAAAUAGUUGGACCUCACCUCCAACCCCAUGUUAUCGUGGCUGAUGACGAUUUUGCUUUAAAGCCUUACAUGAUGAAGCCAUUCCCAGGAAAAUUUCUCACCCUGGAGCGUCGUAUUUACAAUUACCGUCUUUCUCGAGCGAGAAAUGUGUCGGAGAAUGUAUUCGGGAUGUUAGCUGCUAGAUGGAGGAUAUUUCACACGCCAAUAGUUGCAUCACUUGACUUAACCAGGCUCGUAAUCCAUGCCGCAGUAAUUCUCCACAAUUUGCUUAUUGAUAAGCAAGAUAUGAAUACGAUAACGGCGGAUUCAGAUGAUGGGAACACCACGGGAAAUUGGAGGGAGACUACCACUGGGGACACGGGAAUGAUCUCUUUGCGGCAACAAGGCAGCAAUAACCGGCGUCUAGAAGCUGUACUUGUACGGGACAGAUUUUUAGAAUAUUUUAACAGUAAUGAGGGUAGUGUUUCAUGGCAAAUGUCAAGAAUUUCAUAAUUUAUCUGUUAAAAUGCCUAAUUUAAUAUGAUUUUUGCAAAUAAAAUCUCGUUCAUGAAAAACAAAGGAUUUAUUUACUGCA